CAAUACAACAACGCAACUAAUUGCUGGAAUUAGUGGUGGCGAAAAAAAACAAAGGGACAAUAAUGAAAACUUUGAAAAGCCUUUAACCAAAAUUAAGACGACUUCAAAUAAAUUUCCAAAUUCCAGUCAAUAUUUUGAAUAUCGAUCCAAAAUCAUCAAUGAAUAUCGUCUCACUCAAAAACCUAAUCCCUAUCCACAUAAAUUUCAUGUUGAUUAUUCUAUUCCCGCAUUUAUUGAAAAAUUCAAUUACCUUAAGUCUGAUCAAUCAUUAUUAAAUGAUGAAUUAAUAUCAAUUGCUGGUCGAAUUCAUAAUCAACGAUCAUCAGGUUCAAAAUUAAUAUUCUAUGAUUUACAGGGAGAAGGUGAAUCGAUUCAAAUUGUAGCCAGAGCUCAAGAUGCUGAAUAUGAUUUUACCAAAGUUCAUGAAAUAUUUCAUCGUGGUGAUGUUGUUGGUGUUAAAGGAUAUCCCGGAAGAACAAAAAGUGGCCAAUUAUCAAUUUAUCCCAAAGAAAUAAUCUUAUUAUCACCUUGCCUUCAUCAAUUACCUACCCCUCAACAAGGAUUUAAAGAUCAAGAAUCACGUUAUCGACAACGUUAUUUGGAUUUAAUAAUGAAUAAGGAUGUUCGAGAAAAAUUUAUCAUUCGAACAAAAAUUAUCAAUUAUAUUCGAAAAUUUUUAAAUAAUUUAGGAUUUUUAGAAGUCGAAACUCCUAUGAUGACAUUUAUAGCUAGUGGAGCAACCGCCAAACCAUUUGUUACUCAUCUCGCGGAUUUUAAACGUGAUAUAUUUAUGAGAAUCGCUCCGGAAUUAUAUUUAAAACAAUUGGUAAUAGGAGGAUUAGAUCGAGUUUAUGAAAUUGGAAGACAAUUUCGUAAUGAAUCAAUUGAUAUGACACAUAAUCCAGAAUUUACUUCAUGUGAAUUUUACAUGACUUAUAAUGAUGUAUAUGAUUUAAUGAAUAUUACGGAAAAUUUGUUAUCAGAUAUGGUUAAAGAAAUUAUUGGUAAACCAAUAAUUAAAUAUCAACGUAAUUACAACAACAACAACAACAACAAACGUGAAGAAUCUGAUAAUAGAGAUAAUGAUGAUAAAGAUUUCAACGACGAAAAUGAAAUAGAAAUAGAUUUCACUCCACCAUUCAAAAGAUUUGAUCAACCAAUAAAUUUUUAG